AUGGAAGGCUCCAUGGCCAUGGGAGAUAGCCGGAGCAACGGAGUGGCCCCUUUGGCGGGCUUGCGACCUGGUUCAGAAGCUGCCAUAGGCACGGAUCCAACAGGUAUGGCAAGGGAUUAUCAGCAGAACUUCCAGCAACUGCACCAACAACCACCACCACAUCAGCCAGAUUUGCAUCAGCACUACCGGCAACAGCAACAGCAGCAGCAAAUUCAUUCGGCCUUUCCCCCCGCCGCGGCCGUUAAUGCUCCCAAGCCGAUUCGGCGGAGGAUGCGCAUGAUCACAUCGUGUCUCGAAUGCCCAAAGCUCGACGAGGCCAGCCAGUUGCGGUUAACAGAGAUUAAAGAGAAGGUGGGCUCCCUCGAGCGGCAGCUAGAAAGAGACGUGGCAAAGUCCGGGUCCCGUGGCUUCUACCAGCAGCGAAUACUAGCCGACGACGUGGAGGGCGAGUUUGAUGAGGAGCGAGACUUGGAGAUCACGCCUAUGGUGGCGCUUGACCUCACUUACGAGGAUGAUGCGGACGGAGCUGACGAUGUCAUGGACUUGGGAGUUCAGGUAGGGAAGAUGCGACUGACAGAAAAGAUUGGUGGUAUGAACCGUCCGAGGAUAUCGGAGGAGAUACAAGCAGGGCUUUCCGGUGGCGUACAGCAAGCCGGCACUGGCUUUAUUCCGCCGAGUCUCUCUGGACCGCCAAGUCAACCAAGCGCAGUCUCCGACUCGAACGGCCCCGAACAAUCCAUCCCCGACUUCUUACGGCCUGGAGCAUCAUACAUACCGCCGACAAGCGGCGUGCUCUUCGGUCAGGCGGUUCAGUCGCCAUGCCUUUUGACCUUUCUCCCUGCUAAGCCCGCCGGCGAUCGACUCCUCCAACAUUACUUUGAGGCCGUACAUCCAAUAGCUCGGUGUGUACACCGUCCGUCUUUCGAGGUACAGUAUGCAGGCUUCUGGGAAGAGGCAACCGCAGGUUACGAGCCGCGGGCAUCAACCCAAGCUGUGGUCUUUGCCGCGUGGUUCAGCGCCGCCGUUGCACUCGAUGAGGCAGUAAUCAAUCGUGAUUUCGGCUUCACCAAGGUUAAUCUGGUGGAGAAUAUGAAAAUAGGAACCGAAGUUGCUUUGAGCAAGGCAAAUUUCCUGAGGACGACAAGAGUGGAGACUUUACAGGCGUUCGUGAUGUAUAUGAUCCCUCUCUGCCGCGAGGAGGUCUCACGAGCCCAUUCCGUGCUUGUUGGCGCGGCAGUCCGGAUGGCAGAAUGCAUGGGCCUGCACCGAGAUGGUAGUAAGGCGUACAAUCUCAACGCCUUGGACACACAUGUCCGACGCCUGAUCUGGCACCAGCUGUGUUUCUUGGACAUCCGCACCUGCGAGGCUCAAGGCCCCAAACCGGCCAUCAGGAGAGAAGACUAUGACACCUGGCUCCCGGACAACUGCGAAGAAGACCAACUCACUAACUCAACGCGUCAGCCCGCGGUAUCCGACUGCUGGACUACGACGCUCUUUUCGCUGAUUAGGUUCGAAGUCAACGAGAUGAUGCGCAUAAUCUGGGCGGACAGGCGCAAGCUCGAGGCCCGCAAGAUCACCCUGACACAGGUCCUGACCAAGAUCGAAAACUUCCGGAAACGCAUGCUCGAGAACUACAACCACUUCCUCGACGAGCGUGUCCCAAUCCAGCGGUACUCGAAGCUCGUCAUGCAUCUGCUCAUGUACCGGCUCCACGUCAUGAUCCUCCACCCUUACUACGCAAACACAGCCAACCCGAUGCCGCAGCGGCUGCGAUCCGUCUUGAUAAUGAGCUGCAUCACCAUCAUCGAGAUCGCGAUCCAGCUCGACACCAGCCCAGCUUUCCAAUCGUGGAGGUGGUACAGUGGGGCGUAUCAGCAGUACCAGGCGUCGCUAAUUCUGGCGACAGAGAUGUUCUACUAUCCAAACCACCAAGAGGCCAACAGGAUAUGGAUGUGUCUAGAUUACGUGUUUGAUCUGGAUUGCCACUUACCAAACGAAGAAAAGGGGAGACAAAUCCUGACGGAGAUCAUGAGCAAGAUGGGUGCCUACAUGAGCAUGCGGAAGAUGAGGGCGCCGACUUGGACCGCGGCCGCAAGCCCGGCUCAACAGGCCGUGAAGGAGGACGGUGGUGAUGCCGGUGCUGCAAGGCCUGCUCCCAGGCCAAUGGUGUCGCCAGGUCAGCAAUAUUCGCAUCAGCUGGGAACUGGGGCCGGCUCAGCGUACCAGAACGUACAUUCCUCGAAUAUGAAAGAGGAAUCAGGUGGCUCUACUACAUCGAUGCCUUCGGCACCAAUGCGAGAGCCUACUUUUUCAGCAUUGUCAACUGGGCCCAGAGACUCAGGAACGCCGUCUACUCCUCAAUCGCAACAGCAGCGUGCCAUACCAGGACCGCAUCAGCAGCUACAGCGAGAUACCGACGGCCCUAAUCGUAACGUAGCAGGACUAUGGACUGUGCCGCCGCCGCCGCCGCCGCCGCCGCCACAACCCCCGAUCAACUCUGGUAGCCCAGAGAACUCGAGCAGCGAUGGCGGCUCAGUAGCGAGCGCUUGUCUGAGACACGGCAAUGUGGCUGGAAUGGCUACGGCAAUGGCGUCUGGCGGCGCCACGGGGAACGUGCCAACGGCCAACUUGGAAGGUGAAUGGUCCACCUACCAAGAAGAGGCCAUUAAUGCCUUGUUCCCAUUCGACCCCCAGACCGGCAACUUCGCAGGCUUUGGCAACCCCACGACGAUCGGGAUGAAUAAUAAUAGCUGGGCCCAGCAAGCUCAGGGCCAGGCACAGGGUCUUAAUGACAGCAGGGCUAGUAGAGGCGGGUAUAACUAG